GAUUGAUCAAUGAUCUUCCCAUAUCCGACAAGUGUAUGUCCAAGAUCAGUAAACAACUAGACCAUUGUUGUACUGGUGUUGUUAAUGAUUGGAUGAAAGUGAUGGCUGACCGUGAUAAGAUGUCCACGAAUAAGACCAAGGACAAUCUCAUGUAUGAUUGCUGCAUGCCUUAUGAUACAUACGAUUGUUAUCAUGAUGCUGUACAAGCUAAUUGUGAUAAAACAGACCUGGACAAACUAGUCGCUGAUUUAACCUCGAGCCAAAAAGCAAACAUAAAAUGCAAAGAAAUUCCAUAUAAAGGCCCGGAGUGUCGGGACUUUAAGCACCCGACACCGGUUGGCACCACUACUAGACUAACGCCGGCCGGUAUUGUGGACCAAAUUAAACUCGAUUUGACGGCCAAUGUGUCGAAAGAAUGCGGGAAUGCAUUGCAUUACGAGAACAUGGCUUGUGUUGACGAUAUGCGCGAAUAUUAUAGUUUCCUGAUGUCGGGGAACGAUCCGCAGACUGACGACACCCUAGUUGUGAUCAGAUGUUGUUUAACGUGGGAUUUGGUUGAUUGUAUGGACGAAGUGGCCAAGUUAUUGCUAAUAAAAUGCAAUGAUAAGGACUAUAAAUCAAUGCACGUAUGCCUUGAGAGUAACUCGCGGUCCAUUUGUCCGGAAUUUGAUUACUCGCCUAAUGAAUGCCAACUGUCCCCUACGGAGUCAACAACAAACCAU